ACCAAGCUGUGGACUCCUCUGUUCAAAGAAGGGGAGAAUCAGAAAGCUAAACAGUUGUUUUAAGUUUUGUUUCUCACCCAAGUUAAUAUCACCUCAUAUCUACAACCCCUUAGUAUCUGGGUGUUUUGCAACAAGGGCGUGGUGGUUAAAUGUCUUAUUGUACACCGAUGUAUUAAAAAUAAUGACUUGUUGUCUGUAGCGUUGAACUAAAACACAAGCAAAUCCGAAACAUUUUCUCCUGUCAUGAACACUAUACCAGCUUACGAAGGAGCUAGAAUAUCUGGCUGUUGGGCUCUAAGAUCUGAUGGCAGUGGAGGCGGUGAUGGAUCGCUGGACCGACUGCUUCCCUCUGCCAGCAUGGGCCUUUCUCCCAGGAAGCGGACCACCAGCCAGUGUAAAUCGGAGCCUCCGCUGCUGCGUACCUCCAAACGAACCAUCUACACAGCUGGCCGCCCACCCUGGUACAACGAACACGGAGCACAGUCCAAAGAGGCCUUUGUCAUCGGUCUGUGUGGAGGCAGCGCUUCAGGAAAGACCACAGUCGCCAGGAAAAUCAUUGAAGCUUUAGAUGUUCCAUGGGUUGUACUACUCUCAAUUGACUCUUUCUAUAAGGUCCUGUCCCCUGAGGAGCAGAUGCUGGCAGCCAGGAAUGAUUAUAACUUCGACCACCCUGACGCCUUCGACUUUGAUUUGCUGAGGCACACCAUGCGCAAACUCAAACAGGGCAAAAGCGUGAAAAUCCCCGUCUAUGACUUCACAACCCAUGGGAGACAGAAGGAGUGGAAAACUGUUUAUGGAGCCAGUGUCAUCAUCUUUGAGGGAAUCAUGUCGUUCGCAGAUAAAGCCCUCCUGCAGUUGCUCGACAUGAAGAUCUUUGUGGAUACCGACUCUGAUAUCCGUUUGGUGCGCCGACUGAGGAGAGACAUCACGGAAAGAGGCCGAGAUAUUGAGGGCGUCAUCAAACAGUACAACAAGUUUGUGAAGCCCGCUUUUGAGCAGUACAUUGAGCCCACCAUGCGCCUGGCUGAUCUGGUGGUGCCACGUGGUGGUGGCAACAUGGUAGCCAUUGACCUGAUUGUGCAGCAUGUUCACAGUCAGCUGGAGGAGAGGAAACUUCGCUGGGAUAUGGCAGCCCUGGCUUCUGCACACCAAGCCCAACCCCUCCCCCAGACCCUCAGCGUUGUGGAGAGCACACCCCAAGUCAGGGGCAUGCACACUAUCAUCAGAAACAAGGAAACCAGCCGUGAUGAGUUCAUCUUCUACUCAAAGAGGUUGAUGCGUCUGUUGAUUGAGCGAGCACUCUCCUUCCUCCCUUCACAGGUCCACGUAGUGCAGACCAUCCAGGGAGAGGACUACGAAGGCAGGAGUUUCCACGGAAAGAGGAUUACUGGGGUUUCUAUCCUGCGAGCUGGGGAGACCAUGGAACCAGCCCUGAGGGCCGUCUGCAAAGACGUCCGCAUCGGAAAGAUCCUCAUCCAGACCAAUCAGGACACGGGAGAACCUGAGCUUCAUUAUCUUCGACUACCCAAAGACAUCAGUGAGGACUAUGUGAUACUGAUGGACUGCACUGUGUCCACCGGGGCUGCUGCCAUGAUGGCUGUUAGAGUUCUGCUGGACCAUGAUGUUCAAGAAGACCAGAUCCUGUUAGUUUCUCUGCUAAUGGCUGAAAUGGGAGUCCAUUCAGUGGCCUAUGCUUUCCCACAGGUUAAAAUCAUCACCACAGCCGUGGACAAGAAGGUCAAUGAUGUUUUUCACAUCAUUCCCGGCAUCGGAAACUUUGGAGAUCGAUACUUUGGAACAGACGUACCGCCUGACUGGAGCGACGAGGACAUAGACAAGCCCAGUGGCUGACAGUUGCUGCAGGAUUUUAAGAUUCUGAACUGUGGCCUCUGGUGAGCAACCUGAAGACAUGCUCCUUGCCUCACUUCUUCUGGCCGCUACAUGCAACCGUUAACAUCAAACAGGAAUGACCAAAAAAAUUAUCCAAAAACAGGAAAAUGGGAAAUUGCAAAUGUACAGCAUGAAAUGUAAAUUAUUGCAUUUAAAAUCAAUUUUGAACACAUUUGAGGGACUUUACUAUUAUGAAUCCAAAGUAUUUUUAUUUGUACAGUUUAUUAUAAAGUACAAAUAUUUUAUUUUAAUGCAUAAAUUGCGACAAUCUAUGAGAAAAAAGGCAGUUUUAAUAUGACGGAUAUCUAUGCCUUAAGUCAUGAACUGGGUGCGACACAACUGAAUGUGAACUUGCACGUGUUAUAAAAAGAGAACCUUAUAAUUUUCAAGUUUACUUUUUUUAACCACAUGCCUCUUUUCUUGGAACUUUCAGAAAAGUAAAAUUGUAACACACACUCGUCUUGCUCAGCUUCCAUCGCCAUGAGGCCUUUCUGAAGGACCAUUCAAUCGGAAAAUGUGUGGGUGUGUUGUCUUUUUUUUUUUAAGCUCUUUUUAGCUCUCUCGUUCAACCUUCACCGUGGAUGCUGACCAGCCUCAAAAGGAUGUUGAAAACCGGUGUUCAUUAUACAGCUUUAAGUAUAUACUUGUGGUGUAUAUUAAUGCUAGUUGUCCGUCAUUUACAUCUGUUUAUACUAUGGAUGAAGCAGCUCAGCAGGACGGUUGUGCAUCUUUUUGUUGUCCUGAAAAUGGGUCCUCUGCAUAAAACAAACACUGAUUAGGCGUUUAUUUUAGUCUCCCGUGUAGUUUCAACCCAGUCGGUGGAAUUGGUCCUUUGAAAAGAAGCCUGUGAUAGCAUGAAAGUAUAAUGCCGGAUCUUUUGAUGGGGAGCUGUAUUAAAAAUAACUAUCAGUCUGUUUAAGUUACAGCCUUAUUAUUGUUGGAAAAAUAUUCACAGUUUGUGGGGUCACCCUCAGGGGUGUUUGAACCUCUGCUAUAUUUCAUUACACAUUAUAAUAUAUUAUAAAUAUAUGUUGUUUUUAUAAUUCAUGCUUUUAAAAUGUCAGUGUUUUAUUUGAAAAAGAAAUGGAAAAAAUAAGGUUUAAAAAAGUUUUAAAAGUUGCAGUAAAAAGGUGAUACUCACUGCAUCAUGUUAGUUGAAUAUAUGUAAUGUUUGCUUUUCCAUUCUGCAACCUGUUACUCUACAGUAAACUCUUUCCGUACUGAAAUCAA